AUGGUUUUAGUUCAAGAUUUGUUAAACCCAUCUCCAGCUUCCGAAGCUCAAAAACAUAAAUUGAAGACCUUAGUCCAACAACCAAGAUCUUUCUUCAUGGAUGUUAAGUGUCAAGGUUGUUUAAACAUCACCACUGUUUUCUCACACGCACAAACUGCUGUCACCUGUGACUCUUGUUCCACCGUUUUAUGUACCCCAUCCGGUGGUAAGGCCAAGUUAACCGAAGGUUGUUCAUUCAGAAGAAAAUAG